GAGUCCACCUCACCGAGCGCCUAGCGCCUAGUACAGGUGUACUCUUCUAUCUGCCACUUCAUCCGAUCAUUUCCUUUGUUUUCUCCGUCACCAAUGUGUCUCUCUCCGCCAUCACAACCACCUUAUGCCUCCGCUCCUUUCUGUCUCUAGAAAAGCUUAAAUAUCCACACACUCUCCCUGUACUAAGAGCCCAACCCGCCGCAAUGACCCGACCCGUUUCAUUUCUCCGAUUUCUCUCUCUCCUCUCCCUCUUGCUUCUCACCCUCUCUCGCUCUUAUGUUACUGCCGAUUCCCACUUCGAAGGUUUUGAAGCCGAAGAAGACGACGUCGUGGAGGAAACCAUAGAGCCUCACUCGUUCAAACUCACCGAUCUUCCAUUAACUCGGUCCGAUACACCUCCCACUUCAGUUUCUAAUCCUAUAUCAGAAAAUUCUGAACUCAACGUUAAUUUCAAUUCGGAUUCUCAAUCCUUGAAACUCGAAUCGGAUCAAUCAAAACGCUCUUCUCCACCAUCGACAACUACCUUUGAUGACUGGGACGAAGAUGAAUUUGAAGGUAUACCUGUUCAUCAACCUCCAGUGGAGACGCCCAAAACUGCUGAAUCUAACCAAAGUACAGAUUCAAAACCAAAGACGGUUUUCAAGAAACAGCAAUCAUACACGGUGGAGAUUGUGUGCGUAUCUUUCUUGAUCAUGUUCAUUAUCAAUUACUUCACGGGGAAACGCGAAAAUGAGAAUUUGGCGCUGUCUUGGGCGGCGAAAUUCGCUACCAAAGACUCGAUUUUCGAGAAGAAUUUUAGCCUUCUUGGUGUUGGAGAAGGCGAUGAUUCGCCACUGUUGUUGAAAGAAGGGCAGAAUGUUUUCAAAUUUUAUGCCAGUGGUCGUAGGUACUGUCAAGGUUUGUUGGCUACGAUGGAAUUGAAGAGUAGGCACGAUUUGAUUGCAAGGAUUUAUAAUAUGAUCGUGCCUUGCAAGGAUGAGAUCACUUUUGAAGUGUAUAUGAAUGAUGAUGCGAUGGAUCAUGUGGUUUUUGCGCUGGCAAAGAAGAAGGCAGCCAAAGUGAUGCAGAAGGAGGUGAGAGAUUUGCAAAGAUUUGCUGGGAUUGUAGCGCAGCCACCUAGUGGGAGGAAAUGGGUGUCUGAGGAGUUGGGAGUUAUUUCAGAGUCUAAGGAGGUUGCUGGGGAUUUGCUCACUGAGGCUGUGCUUGAGCAGGUUUUUGGGGAAAAAGCAUUUGAGAAAUUUGGCAAGGGUUUCAUCUCCAUGCAUUUUUCUGAUCAACACCCUGGAACACAUAAGAAGAUGCUGUUGUUCAAGUUUGCACUGGCUGAUGCCAACAACAUGGCUGAUAUGACUAGAUUGGUAGCACUGGUUCCUUAUUACAUUGAUCUUAUUGGGAGGUACAAGUUGAGUUCCCAGGCUAAAUCUAAAACAGAGGCAGCCAGAUCGAAAGCAGCCCAAGAGGCCUACAAAGAACUUCAAAAUGCAAGACAAGAAGCCUUGCAGAAAAAGAAGGCAGAGAGGAAAAAGAUGCUAGAGGAGACUGAAGCAAAGCUCAAUGCAGAGGUUACUCGCAAGAAAGAAGCAAGAGAGCGCGCUCGUCAGAUGAAGAAGGCUAUGCCAAAAAUAAAGAUGACCCGUGCUCUCUAGAUAUUAAAUCCUCUCAUUGGGCAACGUUUUGGUUUCAUGCUCUCACGCAGGGUACAUUAGUUAUGUUCCAACUAAUCUAGCUAGUCGAGGGUUUAGAAUGUAGGGAAAUGAAUCACUUUGGAAACUUGAAAAUUUUUCUUAGACGACAUUUUUAGCUUGGUUUUGGGAUUAGAUUGGAGCCAUUUUCAUUUUCUUUGACA